AUGCCAGGAGUCAUAAGAGAAUCAGUCCCAGCAGCUGAUCCUAUGAUUGCACUCAAAGCAAGUGAAAAGAAUAAGGAAAUUCGUAACAAUCAAACGCUCUUGCACACAGCGGGUUCAAAAAGUUUCGCAAGAAUUCGCAGAGAUAUGGAAAAGGAAUUGAACCGGCCUCCAACAGAUGCAGAAGUGUUUCUAGAGACUCGUAAAAAGAAGAAAAAAGCACAACCAGAAAAAACACUUGAAAUGAUUGAUACAUUGGAACAGCUAACUCAGGAACAAACUGAAGGAGAAAGUGUAGAUGCAUGGCAUCUAGUCAAUAGAAAAGAGCAUCCUGGACGUGUGCGUCUUCGGGGAAGGGCGAUCACUCAAACCAUGCUAAAAAGCAAUAAGGAGAAGACCAUUGAUCCGUGUGAUCUAGUCCCUGAGUCAAUUGUUCAAGCAAUAACAAAGAAGGUGGUGGCCACUCAACAAGAGGAGAUGAAGAAACAUCAAGAAGCUCAAGCUGCAAGUAUGAUUCAAACAUUUGCAGAGAUGUUGAGUGAAGUAACUGGACGUUCGGUUAGUCCAAGCUUUGUUGAGAGGUUUAAAGCGCGUACUAGACUUCCUGAAGAGGCUGCCAGUGUUCUAGAUCAUGAUAGUGCAUGCUCUUUGCAAACACACAAGAGUUGA